AUGGAUUUUGGACAUUUGGGCACCUACCAGUGCAUGGCCAAAAACCAGCUGGGAGUGUUCCGGGCACUCAGCCCAGAGCUGGCAAUGGAGCUGCCACAAAGAACCAGGAAAGAGGAGGGGGAGGUGCUGUACACCCACGUCGUGGUCACCAAGAAGGCAGGGAGAAGGCUUUUGCUGGUGCUGGAGAUUAUUCUGUGCCUGUGCCAUGUGGCCACUGUUCUCCACUGGCUGGCCAGGAAGGCCGAGCUGGAGCAGCGGCUGAGGUGGGAGCGGCUGGAGCAGAGCCGCCAGCCAGGGGAGCAGUGGCCACAGCAGCGAGUGACAGCCAGUGCACAUGGCUGGGGACACCGGGAUGGCCGGGAAGCCCAGACCCUCGGCCUCACUGGCACCCAGACCACCCAGCUCCUGGUGGAGCCCCCCUGGAGGCCGGCGGUGCUGUGGGACCGGGUGACACUGACCUGCCAGGGCUUGGGGACCAGUGGUGUCACCAGCUGGUACAAGGAUGGGCAGCGCUGGAGGCAGGAGGGACACAACAACCUCACUGUCACCGAGAGUGGCAUCUACACAUGUGAGAGACCCAGCAGUGGGCUCAGCCCUCCUGUGAGAGUCUUAGAUGCCCCAUUGGCGCUGCAGGUGCCGGUGCGGGCGCUGCUGGAGGAGGACACGGUGACACUGCGCUGCCGGCACUGGCGGGACAACCCAGUCAGCUCAGUGUCCUUUUACCACGAGGAAAAGAAACUGCAGGAGCUCCUUGAUGCGACCGAGCUGUUCCUGUCCCCUCUGCAUCUGCAACACAGCGGCCGCUACAGCUGUGGGAGCAUGGUGAAAUCCAGGGUACCAUGGGGAUGGGAGAAGUCGGAAUCAGUGACAGUGACAGUGCAAGAGCUUUUCACAGUGCCGGUGCUGGACGGUCCCUCCGAGGCCACCGAGGGGUCCCCCCUGACUCUCAGCUGCCUCAGCACCCCCAGCCCCGUGCGGCCCCAACCCCCUCUCCUGCACCUGUUCUACCGGGACGGGCAGGUGGUGGGGAGCCCACAGGGGUCCCUGCAGCUGCUGGUGCCCGCCAUGGAGGUCUCCCACUCAGGGAAUUACAGCUGCCAGGUGCGCUCCGAGGUGGAGGCCAUGCAGAAGAGCAGUGCCCUGCUCCAUGUCACGGUGCGCAUGCCUGUGGCCAAUGCCACCAUCACCCUCAGUCCCCUGUCACACCAGGUGCGUGCAGCCCUCAGGAAACAGCAGGAAAGGGGCCCCCCAUGGCCCUCGGCCCCUCCAGAGGCAAGGGAGGUGCUGCACAGCCAGGUCAUGCGAAAGAAGAAGGUGGGGGUGCCCCCCUGUGCCACAUCCUCCCAGGUGACCAAUGCAGAGCUGCCAGGACCCCAUGGGCAACAGCAGGACUGCAGUGACAUCUACGAGAACAUACUGUGA